UAUCAUAGUCAAAAAGUCAAAAGGAUCAAACUCAGUUUAGUGGGUAAUCAAAUUCAAAAAUAACUUAAAACCCAACAAAAAUUUUCAAAACAUAAAAAGGUAGACCCCAUAGCCUAAAAUUCUCUCUUCUCAUGUUUUCAUCUUCCUCAACCCAACGCUCCUAGCUUCAUUUACACUCCGAAAAAGACCUUUUCCUAUCAAAGACCAAAGAUUUUUCAAAGUGGGUUUGUGUUUAUAAGACCAGUUGCAGGCUUCUGGGUUUCCCCUGUCUUUGAUUUGUCUUUCUCUAUUUGCUCCCAUUUUCUUCCACUGAAUAAAGCAUCAAUUUUUAGGAGAGAAAAGAGUGACAACAUGUUGGGCUGUUAUCAGCAACUUGCUGCUAGGCCAUCUUACCAAGACUCCCUUAAGAUUCUCGAGGCUGAUGUUCAUCAUGCUAAUAUGCUGGCAGCUUCCAUUCCAAGAGGCAAAGGUGGUACCUAUCUUCAGAUGAAAUUGGUUUACAGUGAUUUGGCCCCCAUUUUUGUAUUUUUGUUACAAUGGAUGGAUUGCUCGUCUUCAUGCCUACUCUCAAGCUACUUGAAUCUUUUCCAUGUUGUUGUACAUAAGGUGCAAUCGGAUGGAAGGCCAAAUAUUGGUUCUUAUGGAAGAAAAGCAUCCAUUAGUGAAUUCUAUGUUGUUAUACUCCCAUCACUUCAGUGUCUCCAUAACGAUUCAUCAGAGCUUGAAAUCACUCAAGAGAAAAGUCAGAACUUGGAAAUGGUAGUCAGAAAGAGGUAUGAAGAAAAGAGGAAGCUUUUGGAUGUGGACUUGGAGAGGGAAGAUGAAUGUGGGAUCUGCUUAGAGCCUUGUACCAAAAUGGUUUUGCCUAACUGCUGCCACGCCAUGUGCAUCAAUUGCUACCGUGACUGGAACACAAGGUCGGAGUCCUGCCCAUUCUGCCGGGGAAGCAUAAAGAGAGUGAAUUCAGAGGACUUGUGGGUUCUGACUAGUGGAAAUGAUGUAGUUGACACUGAAACUGCAUUAAUGGAUGAUGCACUGAGGUUCUUUCUUUUCAUUAACAGUCUGCCUAAGGAUAUCCCUGAUGCCCUAUUUGUAAUGUAUUAUGAGUACCUCUUUUGAUCUAACAAACCACUCCAAUGGUGUACAGGAAGAGAAGAUUGCUGACCAUCACAUGUAUAUAUAGUAUAUUGAGAGGUUUUCAUUGUGAGAACUUGUAUUAACGCUCCAUAUAUAUCCAGGAAUGAAGUGUUAUCUCUGAGUAAAUGUAUAAUAAUUUUCUGGCAUGGGUGUUGGUUUCUGAUCCUUAAUCCCAAAACUAGUCUUUAUAGUAAAUAAUGGCUCACAUGCAUUGGCAAUCACAGCAAUAUGCUGUUUAUUCUUUAUUAAUAUUCAUCCAAUGCCAUUACCAACUGACUUUUAUUUA